AUGGACGUUUAUGUUUUUUUGUUAAUGGGUGCCUACAUACUUGUUUUCUUCUCUGGAUUCUCCAACAUUGCAGCUGAUACCAUGACUCAAUCCCAGUCCAUCAGUGAGGGCAAGACCUUGGUUUCCAGAGAAGGAAACUUUGAACUGGGAUUCUUUAGUUCAGGGAGUUCCGCCAACCGUUACUUGGGAAUUCGGUACAAGAAUAUCCCAGUUAGAACUGUUGUUUGGGUAGCAAAUCGACAAUACCCAAUCGAAGACUUGUCUGGUAUGUUGAUGAUAAACAGCAGUACAGGCAAUCUUGUUCUUCUCAGCCAGAAUAACAAAAAAGGCAGUGUUGUUGUUUGGUCAGCAAAUUCAACAAAAAAGGCUUCGAAUCCAAUUGCACAGCUUUUAGAUAAUGGAAAUCUGGUUCUAAGAGAUGGGAAAGAUGGCAAUCCAGGAAACUAUUUGUGGCAAAGCUUUGACUAUCCUUCUGAUACUCUGUUACCAGGGAUGAAGCUUGGAUGGGACUUAAAGAAAGGUCUUGACCGGCGUUUAUCAGCAUGGAAGAACUUGGAUGAUCCAUCUCCUGGGGACUUUCCCUGGGGAGUAGAGCUUACUAACUACCCUGAAGCAGUCAUGUGGAAGGGCUCGCAGAAGUACUACAGGAGUGGCCCAUGGAAUGGCCUUCGUUACAGUGGCGCACCAUAG